AGAGGAGAAUCCAGAAGCUGAAGUUCUUGUAUUUGAGUAUGAGCUUUGAGUGACAGCUCUCUGGUGAUGACUGAUAAUGAGCUUGUGUAUACAUUCAACCUCCUCUAUACUCCUGCGGCUUUAGUAGGAACUCCCAUUGUAAGGGCUGAUGUAGCAGCUGUUGGAAUUGAGUGCCACUAUUCAAGGUUGUAUAAUGUAAGCAGCAAUAUCUUGUUGCCCGCUUGGGUUCCUUUUGCUGCAACUAAAGUUGCAGAGGAAGUUCUGGUGAUCUCCUUGAGGCUCAUGACUGAUGACUGGAUGUUUGAGAGGCCAUCCAAUCAGUACUUCCUAGGGCAAUUCCUGAAGCUUGAAGCUUCUGUGAAGCAAUACAACCAUGUUCCUCUGCGCAUCUUUGUGGAUGGUUGUGUGGCUACUGCGGCCCCUGGUGUGAACACCACCUCUCCAAGAUAUUCCUUUAUUGAGAACCAUGGGUGCCUGGUAGAUGCAAAGCUUACAGGCUCCACUUCCAGCUUCAUGCGUCGUAUUCAGAGUGACAAGCUGCAGUUUCAGUUAGAGGCUUUCAGAUUCCAGCAAGAUGAUAGUGGCUUGGUGUACAUCACCUGUGCUCUAAAGGCUGUCAUGGCCUCAACCCCCACAUGUCCAGAGAACAAGGCUUGCUCCUUCAUAAAUGGAUGGACUUCUGUA